AUGGUUGCUACAGCAGGUCAUCAGGCCCUCUCUCAGCGGCGAGCUCGGCUCGCUGGGCCAUCGGGAGUGAAGGGUCUGGUCUCCAACCUUCGGACGCUUUCCAUUGCGGUAUUUGCGUCACUUGGUGGUUUUGUAUAUGGCUAUAACCAAGGCAUGUUUGGCCAGAUUUUGAGCAUGACCUCCUUUUCGAAUACGGUACAUCCUGAAUCCAUCACGAAUCCUGUUUCUAGAGGACUUCUCACGGCAAUUCUGGAGCUUGGUGCCUGGGUCGGUGUGUUGGUGAAUGGUAUUCUCGCCGAUGCCCUGGGUCGCCAGAAGGCAACUCUCUCAGGUGUUAUAGUUUUCUUGGUUGGUGUUAUUAUUCAGGCCUGCGCAAAAAACGUCGACUAUAUCCUCGGUGGACGCUUUGUAACUGGUCUCGGCGUGGGUAUCUUAUCCAUGAUCGUUCCUCUCUACAAUGCGGAACUAGCACCUGCGGAAUUACGCGGGUCUCUUGUUUCCCUCCAGCAGUUGGCAAUUUGCUUUGGCAUCCUGGUUUCCUAUUGGAUUGGUUACGGCACCAAUUACAUUGGAGGAACUGGCGAGACACAGAGUAAUGCUGCAUGGUUGAUCCCUAUCUGCAUUCAAAUUGCACCGGCAAUUGUUCUUGGAGUCGGAAUUCUAUUCAUGCCGCCAAGUCCUCGCUGGCUUAUGGUCAAGGGCAGAGACGACGAAUGCCUGUCAGUGAUCGCGAAACUUCGCCGCUUGCCCAGUGACAGUGAGCUAGUCCAACUAGAAUAUCUUGAGGUCAAAGCCCAACAUCGCUUUGAGCAAGAGACCUCUCUUGCCAAGUUCCCUCACUAUCAUGCCCCUGGCGUUUUGAACAAAAUAAAGUUGGGGUUCCAUGAAUAUUCUAGUUUGAUUACCAACCAGUCCCUACUGAAACGUGUUCUGGUUGCGGUCUUUAUCAUGGUUUUCCAGCAAUGGAGCGGAAUUAAUGCUAUCCUCUACUAUGCAUCUUUCAUCUUCAAGGACUUGGGCCUCACAGGGAAUACGACCUCCCUACUUGCCGGUGGGGUUGGUGGAAUCGUCCUGUUCCUUGCUACGAUACCUGCUGUCCUUUGGAUUGACCAGGUAGGACGUAAGCCCGUCCUUAUAUGUGGCGCCCUUGGAAUGGGAAUUUGCCAUUUUGUCGUUGCUGGCCUGGAUGGGAAAUACAACUCCAGUUGGCCCUCUCACAAAGCUGCUGGCUGGGUUGCUGUAGUGUUCGUGUGGCUUUAUCAAGUCAACUUUGGCUACUCAUGGGGGCCUGGCGCAUGGGUACUGGUUGCCGAGGUGUUCCCACUCGGAGUUCGAGCAAAAGCCAUCUCCAUCGGUGCUUCGUCCAACUGGCUCAAUAACUUUGCCAUUGGCAUGGCAACCCCUCAGAUGGUAGCAACGAUGGGCUACGGAACCUUCAUAUUUUUUGGAGCAAUGUGUUUCAUCGGAGCAGCAUUCAUCUAUUUUUUCGUCCCGGAAACCAAAAACUUGACCCUCGAGGAAAUGGAUGAAGUCUUUGGUGAUGAAGCUGGAAACGCAAUUGAAGAUAGGAAUCGCUUGCUCGAGAUCUACACAGACCUUGGACUCCUUGAGUCCGAAAAUACUGCAGAAAAACCUGUCACCAAUUCUGUCAACAAGUCCUCCCUGGGCUUUGUUGAGUAA